AUGAAAAGCCUUUUCUUGCUCGUCUGCAUUGUCACCUUGUUGUCUAGCACCUACGCUGCAUUUUCUGGGGGUGGAGGUAGAGCGGGAGGUGGAGCAAGUAAUGACGACGCAGGCGCAGGCGCACGCGAAGGUGAAAACGAAGGUUCCAAUUCCGGAACGUCACGCACUGGGGAAGGCGAUACCGCGGGUACCUAUGGAACUGCUGGUGGAGAUGGUAGUAGUAGUGGAUCAACAGCGACCCAUGAGCAGGAUCCCCUAGGCGAUGCCCUAGAUGCACUGAGCGACAUCAUCAAGGAGCUUGCCGACAAGAUUGGUGAUGCCGUCGGUGGGUCGGGUUCGUCCACAAGUCAAGUCGCCUUUUCAACGCAGCGUUCGAGAAAUACGCAAAGCGCCGCCCGUCGUCCGUCUCAGACGAGCAGUAGCUUGCCAGCAUCGAUCACGGGGGAUGCAACGGGCUGUCUCAGCGUUCAACAGGUCUACUCAUCUUGCUCACAGGCCUUCACAUCUACGACUGGCGAUGCUAUUGACCAGAUCAAUAAUGACAUACAAAAGGGUGACUUCGCGGACGCAGGCGCUCGCAGCCAAGCGUCCUGUCUUUGUUACACCUCUGCGACCAAUGCUAGUACACCUUUAUGGGUCGCUACGCAGUAUGAUGGCUGGGUGUCUCAGUGCAAUAAGUACCUGCAAACGGCUUCUAUUCCGGCUUCAGUCACGGUCACGGACACGGCGACCGUGAGUGCUGCUGCUGUGAAAUCUCAACUUGGUGCUGCCGUCGGAUUGUGUAGCAAAGCUGGAGAUGUCAGGGCGCCGACGACUGCGCCUGCGGUAACACCUAUUUCAACACCAACAGGAGCAGCUUCGAAGGUCACAGCGGGUACGACAGUGAGCAAAUUUACGGAAGCCAUCUUUUCCACCAUGGCUUCUGCAUCCAAAUCAUCAGGCUUCCUCAAUCUCGAUCAUGAUGUUCUUACUUGUGUGAUGGACUACGUACCUCGAAAGGAUGCUAUCAUGUUGGCUUCAACAUGUAAGUCAUUGAAACAUAAUCAUGCAGUUCUUCGAGCUAUUUAUCGAAUACUUUUCAAUAGAUCCGACGUAUGCAUGAUCAUGAUGAGGUGGAGGGAAAGGGGAGGAGGAACUUCGACACCAUCCGUCAGCCAUGGUAUCGAUGCUGUGACAGGUCCACUAGUACACAACAUCACACUCGGGGCCUGGACGACUCCUGAAGACAUGCACCGUCUCAAUCACUUCUGCACAAGGAUUAGGAAAAUCGACUUCACAGAAUUGAAUGAGACCAUGGAUUGCACCCGUUACGAGACUGACAAUAACGAUUGGUGUAAGGUUCGCUUCGUGUGGCCACCGCUGCGGCAACUUGCUUCGGGGCUUUUCCGCAAUCUUCGACAUGCAGCCUUGAACUAUGGCGUUUAUCGCUACAGACAGUUCUGCGAGCCUUCCUCACAGCAAUUGCCCGUAUUCUUUCAGGCAGCGCCUCAGCUGGAGACAUUGGAACUUGAAAUUCGCCCCCGGAUGGUUAGUAUUUCAUACUUUGACAUGAAGUACAGAGUAGAGCCCUUCAUGUCGCGCUUCGAAGCUACUUAUGUGCUUCUUAACGAGUUGGAAAGCGCACCGCCAUCACUUAAAACGAUAAGCUUCACCUUCCUGCCCCGCAUCGUGAGUAAUAUGGCAUACUUCAUCGCCGCUUUAGACAAUAUGUCUCACUUACAAACCAUCAAGUUCGCACUCCAUGGAGAUCUAGCCUACAUGCAGGAUAACGAAAGUUCAGCGGAGGCCAUCGACUAUGUCAAAGACCUAGGGACCGCAAUACAAUCAAGACGAUGCCGAAUCCUUGUGGACCAGCCUAAUGAUUACUCUCUCGAUGGACUCGACCCAGGUUUUGGCAAGCUGAUAUGCCACCCUGGAAUGCCCGCUGAAGCUCUCAAGCGAAUGAACUUCAACCCAAUUUAUCCUUGGCUGAAGAUCAUGUCAAUCUCUCUCGGGGAGCCAAUGUUCACCUUCGACCAGUACAAAAGGUUUGUAAUCAAUGUAGAAACGUUCCCUAGUGAUGUCGCCAGUCGGAGCCUGCGAGUCUGGGAUGAGGUCAGGAAUAUCUCAGACUAUUUCUUCAAGUUGCAACAAAACGACUUGCCUGUCACGGUGGCCCUAGACUGCAUGAAUAGCGGAGCUUUCUUCGCGCCAAUCUGGCCACGCCCAAAAGAGGCGUCGAUUCUCGAUCUGAUCAAAGACGACACGUUUUCCGCACCUUCUGGCAUAGAAACCUUGACUGGCUUGAAUCCGCCCCGUGAUGGCGCUGCCCCUUAUGAGACACCGAUGUUUCUGUGGGGUCUACCACUAAUUGAUCACUCUAUAAGUGAUUUACGAAUACAUUACGGCGAAUGCUUCUCUCAAAUCUGGGAAAUCAUGCGAUACAACCUUGACGAACUCCCCGCGUUGGGCGGUCUUCCGGACCUCGAUUCCCCGGAAAUCCUAGACUAUUUCAGAGGCCAGAUUGAAGCACGACUCAAAAUCGAAUCGAAAGGACUCGCCCUCCUCUUUCGAAGCCUGCAAAAGUACCACAAAUUGAAUAGGCUUGCACUCUACAUGCCAGCCGCGCUGUAUCCCGAUCACGACCAGACAUUCAUCGACUGCUGUCUACCCGCUGGCGCAUGGACUGUGCAGCAUGAGGGUUCGGGCGGGGAUGGAUUUGCCCAGAAUUCGAAGGCUUGUGGGCCGCUCUUGAAAGUUCGACAGGUCUCGAAGAAAAUGUGUCCUUUUAUUCAUAGGGUCUUUACUCGUGCGUCUUCCGUGGGCACGGCGCCUGGUUAUCGUAUUGUGAAUGCUUUGCCGAGGAAUAAUACUGUGAGGCCGGAGGUCGAUUUGAAGGGUGUUGGGACGGAUAUGGAGACUUUACUCACGUGUGAGAUGGAGGAACAUUUUGUGGAAGGUUGGGAUUAUUGA